AUGCUGCCUCCUCUCACCGUCGAGCAGAUAGCUCGGCAGGCCGGGCAGUAUGAGUUUGAUCCCCAGGUGCCUCUCCGCUACUGGCUUCGUUCCGCCGGCCUGCUCGUCAAGGAGGCUCGCAUAUACGAACAAGAAGGCAAUGACCAGCAGGCCUACCUCCUUCUCUUCAGGCAUGCCCAGCUCGUCCUCAUCAAUCUCACUGCCCACCCUGACGCCCAAGACCCAAAGAACAAGCAAGGGCUCGCCGCCGCAAAGAAGGAGGUCCAGGCAUCACUCAACAAGCUAGAGAUCCUCAAGCCCCGGAUACGCAGGCUAUACGACCGCUACCAGGAGCUUCAGCAGCGUAGCCAGAGCGAUAAGCAUGCUGCUGACACUACCACUACUUCAAUGGAAGAUAAUAACACGGCAACCGCUUCUUUCUCCGAUCUAGAUGCCACCGUUCGGAGUGCAACCACAGUGCAAGAUCCAGCGCUUGCUGGACGGCCGGAGGCACUGCAGGCUGCUGAAAACAGAGACUUUGCCGUCAGACUGGCUCAGAGUGAGUUUAGGCGCAGAGCCUUUGCGCGUGGAGAUGCUCGGCGGUCCCCAUAUGCCAGUUCGGUGGCCAGCAUCAGUACUACAAACACCACCAACACCACUGCCACUAAUACCGCCAAGAUGGAAGGAGAUGUGCUCGCAAGGAGGCUCCAAGAGGUCAGGUCCAUGCUCAGCAGCGGCCACUCAAAGUCCACCACCACCACCACUACUACUACUUCCACAUCUUCCACUUCGAAGUCGAGAUCACCUACUCUUAUGCCAUUAGAGCAGCAUCUCUCAGGAUACAGAUAUCCUUCUAUCCCUAGACAGAGCUAUCAACACCACCAUACCCGCUCUCACUCUCCCAUCCGGCCUCCAAAGGUUGAACAGGCACCGCCAGUCCCAGGAAAGGCACCAGCCAUACCCGCAAAGAUACCCGACCCAGACAUCACAUCCUCCUCCACCACUGCAUCAACUACCUCUCUCCUCCCUCCACUACCAAGCAAGGUACCCCCUUUACCUCCCAGAACAGGCUCAGCCACUUCCUCGCCGUCACGUACCCCCACCCACUCCCGCUCCAAUACCCGUACGCUUAUCUCUUCUCCUCCCAAGCUACCCUCUAAACAACCUCCCACUCCGGGCGAGGACAAGGACGUCCUCCACCCCUCAACAUUCACCUUCAAACCAUCGUCCUACCUCGAAAAUGGCACGCCUCUCCGCACAAUCUUCAUCUCUCCCGACCUGCGCACCGAAUUCCUCUCCCUCGCUGGCCCCAACACUACCUCGAACUUGGAAACAUGCGGCAUCUUGGCAGGAACCCUCAUAUCAAACGCAUUCUUCAUAUCACGGCUCAUCAUCCCCGAGCAGGAAUCCACCCCAGAUACAUGCGAAAUGCUCAAUGAGGCUGCUAUAUUUGAAUACUGCGAGGCAGAAGACCUCAUGGUUCUAGGAUGGAUCCACACUCACCCCUCACAGACAUGUUUCAUGAGCUCAAGAGACCUGCAUACCCAGUCCGGAUACCAAGUAAUGCUAUCAGAGAGUAUCGCCAUUGUCUGUGCGCCCAGUCACGAGCCAAGCUGGGGUGUUUUCCGACUGACGGAUCCGCCGGGCUUGAAGUCGGUGUUGAACUGUACUCGGCCUGGCUUGUUCCAUCCCCAUGACGAGACAAAUAUAUACACGGAUGCCUUGCGGCCAGGACAUGUCUUUGAAGCAAAAGGUCUAGAUUUUGAAACAGUCGAUUUACGACCGACACGGAAAUAA